CAUCCUUCUCUUCAGUUGCUUGCUGCUUUGAAAAUACUUUGAAGAAGCUGGGAAAGAUUAUAAACUAUCAUUCGUUUUCCAACAUCUUCUGACUCCAGGUUUCAAACUGGAAAAAUGGAAAGAAUUUUAAAUAAACAGGCAGUAAUUAACAGAGUCAAGAGUCUCCAGAUGAACACUCUUCGUGGAAACUGGAGGAAGACAAUCCUGAUCGUUUGUGUUGUUGCUUUGGGUAUUGAUCCUUUGUAUCUCUUUGUCCCUGUGGUUGAUUCUCCUAAGUUCUGCUUCACUUUCGACAAGAAGCUUGCCACAGGAGUGUCUGUCCUUCGUACCUUCAUUGACGUAUUCUAUGUGGUUCAUAUCAUUUUGAAUUUCAUGAGAUAUUCAAAUGGCGAGUUAAACUUACAUGCCAAGCCUAAAAGGGAAACAUAUUAUUUCAUCUCGUAUACCAUUGUUGACAUUUUGUCUGUUCUCCCCAUGCCUCAGGUUCUGGUUCUCACUUUAAUGCGUCGGUCUGACUCGCUCGUGUCAAGAGAAAUACUGAAAUGGAUUGUACUUUCUCAAUAUAUACCAAGAAUUCUACGUAUCUAUCCGCUUUACAAAGAGGUGACAAAAGCCUCUGGUACAGUAGCAGAAACAAAGUGGAUUGGAGCUGCUUUUAACCUUUUCCUCUACAUGUUGCACAGUCAUGUGUUUGGGGCUUUCUGGUACGUGAGUUCAGUAGAAAAGAUUAACAAAUGUUGGCGUCUAGCAUGUCCUCAUCUCCCGGGAUGCAGUCUCAAAUUUCAGUACUGUGGACGAGAAGGUGGAAACAACAUUCCCUACGGCCUGAACACUUCAUGCCCCUUAAUCGAACCUGACCAAAUCACAAACUCCUCAGUCUUCAACUUUGGUAUGUACAUUGAUGCAUUGAAGUCAGGGAUCGUAGAGGUCAAGCCAGAUGAUUUUCCGAGGAAGUUCUUUUACUGCUUUUGGUGGGGUCUACGAAAUAUUAGUGCUUUAGGUCAAAACUUACGGACAAGCAACUCUGUUGGGGAUAUCGUCUUUGCUCUCAUCAUCUGCGUCUCUGGUUUACUUUUGUUUGCUGUCCUCAUUGGAAACAUCCAGAAGUACCUGCAAUCAAAUACAACUAGAAUAGAUGAAAUGGAGGAGAGAAAGAGAGACACUGAAAUUUGGAUGUCGAGUAAGAGUCUGCCGGAAAAUCUAAAGGACAUGAUCAGAAGACACGAAGAAGAGAAAUGGCAAAAAACAAGAGGCAUCGAAGAGGAAGCUUUUCUUCAAAGCCUUCCAGACCACAUCAGGCUCCACAUUGAACGGAAUUCUUUAAACAGUAGGGGGAACGAGGAAGGAGGAAGAAGGAAACAAGAAGUGGAUGGAAGAAGAGGUGAAGAAGAAGACAUGACGAGAAAUGACGAGGGGGAGACGCACCAGAGGAUGGCGUGACGAGGCGUUGUCAAUUUGAGUGCAUUGAUUAAUAAUGUUAUUGGGCUGUGUGGGUUUGUAGCCAAUUUGAAUUCGUAAAAGGGCUCGUAUAUUUUAUUAUUACAUGAAUUUACAACUUAUUUUACGAUUUUAGUAAAAAAAAAAUAUGUUCAAAAAUA